UGAAAAAAAAGCCUCAGAAGAAGAACAUGGAGAAGACCUUGGUUGACAGUUAAAUGGACGGUGACUGGUACUCUGAAGUAAACUAAUAUGUCGCGAAAACACCCAGAACAUCAGUGUGCGCGUGUGUAGGAUAAAAUGUUAAUAACGCUGUGUUACGUCUACAUGUGGGUCAGAUUUAACAAAUGUUAUUCACUGUUGAUCCGCAACAGUUUGUCCAGACUAAACAGCAGUAGAAGCAGGUUCUGCUUCAGCUUUUGCUCCAGCUCGGCUUCAGGACCAGGACCAAUACCAUCCACUGGAGUCCGCUCAGUCGCUCCCUGCCACACCAGCCCGCAGCUUUCCAGCGACAACGUCUUCCUCCAGAUCGGGGACCGGGCCGUCUUCGUGACGGAGCCUCAGGUGUGUGAUGACAUUAGCAAAUGGACUCUUCUUCUGGGAUCCUCUCUGGUUUGUGGUCCACGAAUAGAGAAUAUUUCAUUCAUCAUAGAAUCUGCAGGACACAGAGUGAGAAGUCCUUCUCCAACACCAAAUAAGAAAGUCCUGAAGUGGUCUGACUACUGUCUCCCUCUGGCCUGCAGUCCUGGUCAGCCCUUCAGAGCGGUGGCGCUGGCCAGCGUAGAUAACUUCAGUCGUCUUGGGGUGGCUUUUAUUGAAGACCGCCUUCAGCUGGACAAUGGACUCGUGCCUUCAAAGAUAGUCCCUGUUCUUCUUCAGGAUCAUACACUGAGUCAGUUACUGGAGAAGCAGAGUCUGCAGAGCUCAGAGACUGUAAGGACAACAUCUCUCUGCAGCAAACAGGCUGGAGAAGUCAUCUCCAGGCUCUUACCUGACCUGUCAGCUGACCAGCAGCAUCUCCAAUGCCGUAAAGGCAGUCUUCUUAUCAUUCCUGGAGUAAAGAGAGUGGAGGAGCGACGAGGGUCAGAGCCUCUUCCCUGUACCCAGGAUCUGGGAUCUGUUGGUAACGUAGAGGAGCAUUUACUGGGGAAUCAUCACCACAUGGAGGGCCAUGGACACCACCUCCAUCUCUCCAGUUGUAAUGAAUGUUUGGAACUGGAGAACAGCACCAUCCUCUCUGUGAAGUACGCCUCAGCUGAGAACAUUCCUGACCUCCCUGAUGAUAGCUCUGUAGGUGUGGACAGUGUUGAGGAGGAUCUGAAUGAAGCAGAGUCUGAUGCCAAAGGGUGUUUUGGUCAGAGUGGUGGAGCUGACUCUAAGAGUAAACCACCAAACGUCCUGGUUUACACCGGUGGUUCCCAGGAACGUUUUCAGACCAUUCGCCAGCUUUUAUUAGAGUGUAUCAAUGUGGAAAACAUUAUCAUAUAUCCCCUCCAGCCACAGCAGGCACUAAGUGAUCCGUGGCUGGACAACACCAGGCUCCUGGUCCUGGCAGAAGAAGAAUCCCUGAGCCCCGAGCUCCAGACCCGCUUUUUGACCUACUUAAACCAGGGUGGUAGGGUGCUGGGGCUUUGCUCCAGUCUGUGUCCAGCAGGUCUCCAUCUGGAAGCCAGAGAGAGGCAGCACAUGCAGGUCCGAAGGCUGAGUUUCACCAGGGAAGACAGCACAGAGCUGGAGCUGAGCAUGCUGGCAAGCGGACACGUCUACAUCAGGGAUCCUCAGGGAGGAGGAGAGGUGGAACUGUGGGGGGAGCUGAAAGGGGAGGUCGCUCAUCAGAGGGACAUGGUUAUCAUCAGGGUGACACACGGAAGGGAUGGUGGGGAGGCUGUUCUCUGUCAGGUCCAUUUUGACGUUGCACCAGGCUCCCAGGGUCUGGACUUGGAGGUUUUUGAUAAACUGAAGGUCAGCAACGGGCUGCGGUAUGAAAUCCUGACGGAGAUCUUCACCUCUCUGGGAUUCAGCUGCGAACCAAACCAGACUCCAUCUCCCAGCCCAGUACACCUGCUCGCCACCUCUCAGGAGGCCAAGAAGAGCUUCCUGAAGUGGGCUCAGUCUAAGGCAGACCAGAAUGCCAACCUCACAUUCCCCAAGGCUUCCUUCAGGAUCUUGUCUGGUUCUGAUCUCCAGGGUGGUCCUCCGCUACCUGAGGGCUCCCUGGCCCUGGUUACAGACUCCACAGAGUCCCAGGACUGGGCCCAGUUCAGUAUGGAGACGUACCGUAAACACCUGAAGACCAGCCAACUGGGCCACACCCUGCUGUAUGCCGAGGUGGUCUCUUCUACCAUGGACCUGCUGGAAGGGAUGACCGUGCACCUGCCAAAAGAUGUGGGUUUAAUAGCAGUGGCAUCUCGACAAAGCCAGGGAAGAGGUCGGGGCAGAAAUGCCUGGCUCAGUCCUCUGGGAUGUGCCAUGUUCACUCUGAGGCUCCAGGUCGAGCUCAGCUCCAGGCUUGGACAGAGAAUCUCCUUCCUGCAGCAUCUUGUUGCUUUAGCUGUUGUGGAGGCUGUUUGCACUCUUCCUGGAUACGAGGACAUAGACCUGAAGGUGAAGUGGCCCAAUGACAUCUACUACAGUAACCUGAUGAAGCUCGGAGGAGUGCUGGUGACCUCCACCUUUACAGGAUCAACCUUUCAUCUGCUCAUAGGUUGCGGCUUCAACGUGACGAACAGCAACCCGACAGUGUGCAUCAAUGACCUGAUCCAGCAGUACAACAGACACAACAGCUGUAACCUUCAGGAGCUCAGCUGCUCCCAGCUCAUCGCUCGGACCGUCACCUGCCUGGACGGCCUCAUCAGCAGCUUCCAACAUGGAGGCCCAGCCGCCAUCCUGCCCACAUACUAUAAGAGAUGGCUGCACAGUGGGACUCACGUACGUCUCUGGAGCGAGGAGGGACCGGAGGCUCAGGUGGUGGGUCUAGAUGAGAACGGCUUCCUUCAAGUACACAGCAAAGAGCAAGGCCUGGUCUCAGUGGAGCCAGAUGGAAACUCAUUUGAUAUGCUGAAGAACCUGGUGGUCAUCAAGCAGCCAAAGUAGGACCAAAUUUUGAACAAGGAGGGACAUCAGGGGGUAACCAUGGCGACAUUUUGAGACAGAUGGUGGUCAUAACUGGACUGACAGGCAGCUACAGGUGGCCCGGCUCUGAUGGGUCACAUGUCUAACAUCUGAUUGGUUCCUGGUGAUUUUCCACCAAAUGAAGCUACUAUCCCACAAUUUGUUCUAAAUAAAUGUUCCGUAGACGUGAAUCUGAUCUGGUUGCAUGGUUCCAGUGACCACCACUGCUGGACUGAAGGAACUUGAAGCUAAAAAGCUAAAUAAAGGUUUCCAGAGAAUCGUGUUACUCUUGUGUUUAAUCUCAACAGCUCCUGGACCAGUCAUUUGUUUUCUGUUUGUUUAAAAAAAAAAAAAAAACUGAUUUUUUUUUUCUUUUUGUUUCCUAAACUAGAAAAAAAGUCAGAUAAUAAAGUCUUAUUUUUUCCUGAUUUGUGGUCAGAAAUAUAAAAAGUAACAUAAAGUCACAUGACCAAGAACUCUGCUCCGUGUAUGUGUUCUCUACACAUCUACAUCUGAUCAUCAUAAUAAAUCUAUCCAGAAUAAAUAUUUCCUGAUUUUGUUUCACAUGUGCAUUAAGAAAAUAAAAAACAAUGUGGUGUGGAGAGAAAGUUUUAGUUUCCACCUGUAUCCAUGGAUACCGAUCAGCUGGAUUGAUGGUUUCUGGUUGGACAACAGUUUCCUCCAUCAGUGGAUUCUCACCGCUCUUUUACAAGAGUUGACUGUUUAACUCUGAUAUACAGUAUAGCUGAUAGCAGUUCAAUAUUUGAUUUUUUUUAUUUAGAAAACAGGGAAAACAAAGUGGUUUUUCUAUUUGUUCUUGUGUUUUUUUAUUUCAAAAGAAAAAAAACUGCCUGAAAAAACAGACCUCAUACUUCAUUUCCUUGGUACAUCUCUUUCAGUGAUGCUUUCUCCAAUUAUGUAUGUUUUACACCGAGUCAGACAGUUCCUGGUAGAUUAGACGGAUCCAAUUGGACAGUUCCCAUUGGAUGAUAUGCUAGUUGAUUGGACAGGCCCCACAUAGAUCAGAUGGUUCUCAAAGGAACUGUUCCAGGUAGAUCUGAUCUGCCCACCUGAGGACUGGAUGAUUGUGGCUGAAAGGAAGGACUUUUUUUUUAAAUCCCUGUCAGGUACAUUUACCUCCUCAGUAGAAGCUGAAGUAGACUGGUGACCUCUGAUCUUCAGAGAGAAUUCGACACAUUGAUGCUUCAGAUGGUUUCUGACGUUUCUUUAAAUUUUCCAGUCUGUAUCUAGUGUUGAGCUGAAAAGAUUUAAAGCAGCUUUGCUUCUUUGAACAGUUAUAAACUCAAAAAAAAAAAACAAAUCAGAGGAUGAAUAAGUUCAUUAAUAUUGGAAGCCUGUUAUUUUUAUGUCUCUAAAUUAAAUAAGGAUUAUGGA